AUGGAUGUUGUCCAAUCUAAAUACAUGCUUAAAAAGCUCCUGAGUUGUUUUUUGUGGAUAUUUCACAAAUUACACAAAAAUGUUGCCCUGCUCUCUUUUAUUCCCGUGCUUGUGGAAAUUACAGAAGGCACGUGGAGCGCCGCUCUUAUUAUUUCGCUUAUAUGCAUCACCAUUAUGAAGCCCUCCGGGAUUUUUGAAUUUUUGGUUCUUGCUGUUUUCAUGGCGCAGCACAGCGCACAGAUUCUCGCAUACUUCGAAGACAUACACGAAAAUGCUCUUUUUGAGUUUCUGCUAGCCGCCGUGGCGUACUGCGCGGUCUCUUGUCUCGUGAUUUCGCUGGUGAAGUCCUUUAUUGUGCAGCCGCUAAACGCAGUGUUCAAGGUGCACGUCAAGAAGGCCCAGGCGGCUGACCCAGAGAGCAACAGCCAUGCCAACAUUGAAUUAGACGCCAUCAAGAGCCUGGCGCCCGAGAGCACGCCCCUGGAGAGCCCAGUAACCAACGCAAACCUGACUCUUUUCCGAACGGGCGCGAUAAAUGACAGCAUGAGCACGCCCAUUGAGAUACAGGUUGACGAGAUGUACAACUACGGCGUAAAAGAAGCGGAGGAGGAGCGAGCGUGUUUUGCAACCGGCCACAACGUGACGGUGAAGAGAGCGCUUGAGAAAGGGUCUUUCUACGGGGGCAGCUUCACAGCAAUGCAGUGCAUUGUGUACAGCGUGAACUUUGUGGCCAAGCUGCUCAUAAUCAUAGCGUACUACACGGACCUGUACAGGCCCAUCGAGCAGGCCACUUUCUUUUUUGCCACGCCGCUGACGUUUAUCCUUCUUCUGCUUAUCACGCAGAUGGAAAUCGUUUUCUAUUCGAUUGAUAGGCCGCUGAAAAACUACACACACCUGAUUACCAUUCUUGUCGUGCACUUUAUAGCAUGCAUCAUCAGCUCUGGCUACACCAGCAAGAACAUGAUGCUGUGUGGCUUCGGCAGCGAGGAAGCCGCACAAGGCGGAUUUGGGUUUAUUCAGAGGCUUUGCAAGGUGAAAAACAUUUGGCCCUCUCAAAUGUUGAACAAAAUUCCCUUUAAUUAA